AGAAGAAGAAGAAGCAGAAGAAGCAGCUAACUUUCAACAAUGACUUCUUGGUUCAAAAGAGACAUGAUCGAGCCUUACAGGCCUCAUUUUUUCAAGAUAAUUCUAGACGACACCAUUCAUGAGAAGAAGCUUUGUAUUCCAAGGAAGUUUGUAAGAAAGUAUGGAAAAGAUCUGUCAAGUCCUGUACUUCUUGAAGUCCCUUGUGGUAGAAUAUGGCAAGUGGAGCUGACCAAAUGUGAUGGUGAGAUUUGGUUACAAAAUGGCUGGCAAGAAUUUAUGGAAUAUUACUCCCUAGCACAUGGAUCCUUCAUAGUUUUUGAAUACAAUAAGAGAAAUUGUCAUUUCAAUGCGAUCAUAUUUGACAAGAGCGCAUCUGAAAUAGACUAUCCUAUCAGUGUCACUAAUGGAGAUGAUAAGGAGCCUAAUAAUAUCCAGGAAGAAAUCCAGGAGCCAAAGAUUAUUAAAGAAACUGAAAAUGAUGCAUCUGCUGACUUUGUGCUGUGCCGGAAAACAAAAGAGAAAUCACCAUUAUCAUCCCCUCGGCCUGAAAAGAUGACGAAGGUUGAGAAUCCCACAGAAAACACAAGUUUGCAUUGUCCUGGAAAACAAGUUGAAGGAGAAAGUGGCUAUGGCGGCAUUUCUGGUCAGAAACAAACAUCAUAUAAGAUUGUUGCAAGAUUGAAUGUUAAGGAAAAAAGGAAAGCUCUUAAUAGAGCUAGGACUAACUUCAAAUCUAAAAAUCCUUUCUUCCUGGUUGCAAUGCAACCAUCAUAUGUUCGUCCAGGAGAGAAACUGACUAUUCCAAGAAGCUUUGCCAUGAAAUAUUUCCCCAAGAAGCAUGAUGGUGAUGCCACUCUAAAUGGUUUGAAUGGGAGGGCAUGGUCUGUUAAGUACUAUGUACAUACUGCAGCUCGCAAUGGUGAAACAACAGCAAAAAUCACUAAAGGUUGGAGGGUCUUUGCACAGGACAACCAUCUGGAAGUUGGUGAUGUUUGUGCCUUUGAACUUAUUAAGAGCACUAAAACUACAUUUAAAGUUGCCAUUUUUCCACACAUCAAAGUUAACAGUAAGUCACGGAUAGAUGAAGAAAGUAAUCCUCCUGGAGCUAUUGAAGCUGCCAAAAGUUUUACUUCAGUGCAUCCAUUUUUCAAAUUGGUUAUCUCAUCCGGACAUCUGAGGCUUUCCAUCGUGCAUGUACCACACAACUUUAUCAGCAACAUCAAGCAAAAUACAAAGAAAGCAAAGUUGCAGGUUGAAAAUAGAUGGUGGCCUGUGAAGCUGACUCUAUAUCCACAUUAUGCCAAAGGUCUGUUUCUUAGUGGAUGGAGUGUAUUUGCACGGGAAAAUUCUUUGCAAAUGGGAGAUGUUUGCAUCUUUGAGCUAAUUGAUUGUGAAACUGUACUCGUAAAAGUCACCAUUUUCAGAAAUGUCAAGUAACUUGUUCCCAUUGCUAUAUAUGUUGGAUAGGGGCAGAUUGCAUUUUGAGCUACUGCUUGGACAGGUUUAGGAGUGUAUUUUAUUGUGAAAAAUGACUUUUUUCGCUCUUCUUGGAAGGUUUGGUUGCAGUUAGCUAGUAACUUCAUUGUGAUAAUUAAGGGCAAUGAUCCUCUUUGGAACUCUUUUUUGUACUAGCAACUUAAAUAGCUUAACUACUUUGACACUUAUUCGCAAUGUACA